UAAAUUUCAUUUCUAAUGAAAUAUUGCAAACGUGCCAAGAAUAUGAAGAUUUAUUCUGAAAAAUUCUUUUAUAGAUAGAAACAUUCAAAAAGUAACGUAAAGAAAGGAACGGAAGCGAGCCAGCAUGCCAGAGCCUGUAAAUCAUCAGGUGAAUGCCGCUCGUAAGACGUUCCAGACUCUGUAUCAGAUCUCUAAGUUGCUGAAUACGAAUCUCGAUCCAAUCACUCUAAGUAUCUGCAUCAAGCUGUGCGAGAAUGGAGUGAAUCCACACGCUCUUGCGACUGUGGUGAAAGAACUUCAGCGGGAGGUCAAAGCAAUGGAUGCACAAGUGGAGUCAACUGCCAGCAAGAGCAGUACGAACAAGUGAUAGUGGAUAAAUAUAUUGUCAUUGCCCCCUUCACACGCUUUGAGUUGUUCUUUAAAUGUUUUAAAUGCGAAUAUAAUAUACAAGAUUUUUAUUUA